AUGGCUCUGCGGCCUCCAGGCGAGGCCGGACCCCCGGAGAAGGUGUACUAUCCGCCCGAGAGGAUCCAGAGCAGCCCCCAACACCUGGGCCCCUACUACACGCCUUUCCCGCCCUAUGCACCCUACGGGAGCAGCGCGACCGCCGCGGAGGACGACUACCAGCCUUUCCCGGUGCCCGCGGUGCCCGCCGCCCAGGCCAUGGCCCCCUUGGCCUUCCGGACCGCGCCUCCCCUGCUGAGCCCGGGCCUGGCCCUGCAGAGGGAGCCACUCUACGACCUGCCCUGGCCGGGCAAGCUGCCGCCGUGGUACCCGUUUCCCCACUUCCCCAAGGAGCUGCAACACUUCGUGAACCCCAGCCGCGACUACACUGCGGCCCCCAGUGAAGACUUGGCCCACAUCGGCGGCCGAAGCGACAGCGGCCAGUGUUACGGACCCGAGGUUCUCAUGCCGCCGCCGCCGCCGCCGCCGCCCCCUGUGGCUGCUUCGCUGUUACCGGAGGGGCCGAGGACCUCCCAGGUGCCACCUCACUUCUCCAGCAAGGAGCCUGAGGUUGAGUCGCCACGCCGGAACCAGGAGAGGAAGUCCGCUCCCCGGUACCACUUCACCCAGGAGGACCUGCACGUGGUUCUGUACGGGGUCAUCCCCAGCCCGGAGCACCCGGCGCGCCUGCCCCUGGCAGCGUCGGGCCUCGUGGUCCCCGCCGACGGCUCCGGGCCUGAGUGUCUUCCGCGAACUCUGGACCAGGACUCCCUUCAACUACCAGAAGGUCUCUGCCUCAGACAGGUGCCGUUCGGUGAAGUCCCCCACUUUGGUGUCUUCUGCUGUAGCCUCGUCGCCAAAGGAGUCAGGUUUGGGCCCUUCCAGGGUAAAGUGGUCAACGCCAGUGAAGUCAAGACCUAUGGGGACAAUUCUCUGAUGUGGGAGAUCUUUGAAGAUGGUCGUUUGAGCCACUUUAUAGAUGGAAAAGGAGGUGCGGGGAACUGGAUGUCGUACGUCAACUGCGCCCGGUUUCCCAAGGAGCAGAACCUGGUUGCUGUGCAGUGUCAGGGGCAGAUAUUUUACGAGAGCUGCAAGGAGAUCUACCAGAACCAAGAGCUCCUUGUGUGGUAUGGAGACUGCUAUGAAAAGUUUUUGGACAUUCCCGUGAGCCUUCAGGAGACCGAGCCGGGGAAGCAGGCUCAGGCGCCUGGAGCCUCUGAAGAGUCUACGGAAGGUUACAGAUGUGACCGCUGUGGAAAGGUGUUUACCUACAGAUACUACAGGGAUAAACAUCUCAAGUACACCCCCUGUGUGGACAAGGGUGACAGGAAGUUCCCCUGCUCCCUCUGCAAGCGGUCCUUCGAGAAGCGGGACCGGCUCCGCAUCCACAUCCUCCACGUCCACGAGAAGCACCGGCCUCACAAGUGUUCUACGUGUGGGAAGUGCUUCUCUCAGUCUUCCAGCCUGAACAAGCACAUGAGAGUCCACUCCGGAGACAGACCCUACCAGUGUGUGUACUGUACGAAGAAGUUCACUGCCUCCAGCAUACUCCGCACGCACAUCAGGCAGCACUCCGGGGAGAAGCCCUUCAAGUGCAAGCACUGCGGCAAGUCGUUCGCCUCACACGCCGCCCACGACAGCCACGUCCGCCGGUCACACAAGGAGGACCAGGGCCCCUCCUGCGGCACCUGCGGGAAAACUUUCCUAGACCAGGAAGCCUUCUGUUCCCACAUGAAGUUUCACGAAGACGACUAG